UCAUUUUGGAGAAUUUAAUGCCGAGAAUUUAAAUGGUGCUUCACAUUUUGUUUUCUUCCCCUUGUGCCUGGAUGUGUCACGGUUCAGUGUAACGGUUCCACUCGUGACUCCCGGAGCAUCCGCAGGUCUCCCGGAGAUGUUCCAGGAACCUCCUUUAGCCGCUGGUCCAGUGCCAGGGACUCUGCUAAUGGACCCCUCCAAGGAAAGUGACUCAGAAGAACACGUAGAAGCCAAGAAGCAGUUGAGAAGGCGUGUGGGGAAGGUGAGCAUCGCACACAGGUCUGGCACUGAUCUCCUCAGCCUCCUUUCCCUGCUCCUUCCUGCCUGGACCAGACUGCCUGGGAACACCCCUGGACAGUGCAACGUCUCUGAAGGUGCAGCCAAGGAGAAACUGUCAAGUACUACAUUUAUGCUGAUUGCAAGUGGCAGAGCAAUACCACCAAGGCCUUUGUGCCCCAGGAAAUCACUGGGGCCCUUUAUGGCUGCUGACUCUAUUCAUCUAGAAGCACCUUUUUGGAAUGUUCUCCUUCCCCUGCCAGUUGUUUAUUCAUGCAUCAACAAUGAGGAGCAACUGAAGGAUUGUUUCCUGCUUUUCCUUAUCACAAACUUCCAGCUGGGAGUUAAGGAGGCACCUGUGACGUCACCCAGACUGAGGGAUGAGAGGAGACCUUUGUGUCCAUGCUUGGAAGGAGCUGGAAAACCAUCCAGAGAUACCAGCCUUUUGUAUGAAACUGGAUUGCCUGCAAAUUCAGGAACCCUCUGGAUGUUUUUUCGUGAAAUCUCAACCUCAGUUUUGCCUCAGAGGAUCCUGUGUGGGUUUGGAGCUGCUGCUUCCCUGGGACCAGAGCAGACAUGGAUUUCCAGAUCCUUUCUAACACAGAAUUAUGGCCCUGGGAGCUCUUUGCCCACCAGACACUGAGAGAGUGACACCCAAAGCCAUCGUUUGUGGGAUUCAAUCUGAGAGUUCACCAGCAGUGACUGCACCUGGAUGGGGUUCCACUGGUGUCUGACACAUCCCUGCACGAGGUUCAGCUGCCUGGAAUUGAAUAAGGGAUCACAGCCCCAGGAAUUCCACCCCAGCGUUAUUGGAACAAGGGCCUCCUGCCAGGGCUCCUCCCGGCCUGGGGAUGCUGGCAGGGCAGCAGGAAAGCCAUCUUGCCUUCACACUGUCAGCGUUUCCACCGCUGACUCCGGUGGCGUGGGAAGGAGGCAGCAGCUGGCCGAGGCCAAGCCUGUGAGCGGGUGUCAGAGGAGGAGGGGCGAGAAGGCUGGAGAGACCCAAUAACCAAAUAAAUGUUCGGGAGAAGGGAAGGCGAG